AGUUCGAGCAAUAUAUGUUGGAUAGAUCUUCAUUUUGGUGGACAUUUGAGUGUAUUCAUUCAAACAGACAUAAUAAGAUUAUAUGAAAAUUUAAUAUUUGAAACCCUUCUAGUUUUUAUUUUAUUUUAUUAGGAUAUCAUGUGCACAUUUUUCAAUGACAUUGACAUAUGCAUGGGGUUAAAGGUGUCUGCAAAAUUUCCUUUUGCUCUGUUCUAAAAGCAUGCUUCUUUCUUUUAUCUUUUGUAUGUGUCACUGUUGGAUUAUUUACUUAAUUACUUUGGUGGGCUAUUUGUUACACUCCUAAAAAUAAGUGUUGUUGGACAAUUCUGGCUUUGCUGCAAAAGCCAAAAAGAUCAAGAUUUUUGAAGUGUUGGAAGCUUUGCAUCAUUUGACAUUUUAAGAAGGUACAAUGCCAAGAUCAAGGGGAUCAGAAAUGCCUCAAAGGCAAUCUCCUCGAGCCCCUUCACAACUUAGAACAUCAAGCUCUGAGUCUGAUCCUCUACACCAUAGGCCAGUGACUGACCGGAGUCCUAAACUAGGUGAUCGUCGCUCUCCACGUGGUGCUCAAUCUGAUCCACUGAAUCAAAGGAAACUUGGAACAAGAAUUGCAGAUUUGGAAUCCCAACUUGGCCAAGCACAGGAUGAGCUCAAGUCCCUUAAAGAGCAGUUAGUUUCAGCUGAGGCUGCAAAAAAAGCAGCUCAAGAACAGCUUGAGAAGAAAACCAAGAAGCCAACUGUUGUUGAGUCUGACCAAAUCCAAGAAACCAACAAUGACAAUGACAACAGAAUCAAUCCAAGUCAUGAAAUUCAAGAUGACGAUGAAAUGAAAGAAACAGAUGUGUUUGAAGUUCCAGUUGAGAAGUUAACUGUGGAGCCUCCUCCAAGUGUUGAAAUUAGCCACCCCUCUACUGAAGAUGACUUGAAAAGUUUAAGUCUUUCACCUGAUGAACCGGUAAAACCAUUGUUUGAAGAGCUGAAUUUGAAGGAUGAAGAGAUUAGUUCACUGAAAUCCAAGUUGGAGGAGAAAGAAAAAGAACUUGAGGUUUUCAGCCAAGAAAAUGAAAACCUGAAAAAGGAGCUGAAUGAAAAGAUGCAAGAGAUAUCAUCCACUAAGGCCAAGGAAGACGAAACGAGCCUCAAGCUAGACCAAGUAACACAAGAGCUGGAAACAAGCAAGAAUGAUGGACUUAAUUUAAAGGAGAAACUUGAAGCUACUGAGAAGGCAAAAGAGGCAUUAGAGAAUGAGAUGAAGAAACUAAGAGUCCAAACAGAACAAUGGAGGAAAGCUGCAGAUGCUGCAGCAGCAAUAUUAGCAGGAGGAGGUGUGGAAAUGAACGGGAGAAGGCUACCGGAGAGGUGUGGAUCAAUGGAUAAGCACUUUGGUAAUGUAUUCGAACCAGGUGUUGGCGGAUAUGGCAGUUACAUGGGUUCACCAGGGUUAGUUGAUGAUUCAGACGAUGUUUUUGGACAUGGCAAGAGAAAAGGUUCUGGUAUUAAGAUGUUUGGUGACCUCUGGAAGAAGAAGGGCCACAAAUAAGUGUCAUUUUGAUCGUCAUGUUUUGCCAGCUGAAUGGUCGCUCGCCAUUUUCUGUUUAUUGGCUAAUGUAUGAAUCUUCUUCUUGGCAUCUGGCCAAUACUACUACUACUUAUGCUGAGUUUAAAUUUCUGUGUUAGCAGUGUCUUAUUUCUUUCUAGUCUUAGCUUGAUGCCAUAACCUGUCAUUCAGGGCAGUGCCUAUAGGUCCAUAAUGUUGGGUGUUUUUCUGUGCGGUGGAUGACAAAAUGCUGGUGUAUUGCUUUAGAUUGAA